AUGAGGAGCCAGGAGGGCGGGCGGGGCGGCCCGCAGCCGGGCCUGGGGUGGGUGGGCAGAGGCAGCCGGAAGGUCUUGCGUAUCUGGUUCGGCAAGAUGUCGGUGAAGGAGGGCGCGCAGCGCAAGUGGGCGGCGCUGAAGGAGAAGCUGGGGCCGCAGGACGCCGACCCCACGGAGGCCAACCUGGAGAAUGCGGACCCCGAGCUGUGCAUCCGGCUGCUGCAGAUGCCCUCCGUGGUCAACUACUCCGGCCUGCGCAAGCGGCUGGAGGGCAGCGACGGCGGCUGGAUGGUGCAGUUCCUGGAGCAGAGCGGCCUGGACCUGCUGCUCGAGGCCCUGGCGCGCCUGUCCGGCCGCGGCGUGGCCCGCAUCGCCGACGCCCUGCUGCAGCUCACCUGCGUCAGCUGCGUGCGCGCCGUCAUGAACUCCCGGCAGGGCAUGGAGUACAUCCUCAGCAACCAGGCCUACGUGCGCCAGCUCUCCCAGGCUCUGGACACGUCCAACGUGAUGGUCAAGAAGCAGGUGUUUGAGCUGCUGGCCGCCCUGUGCAUCUACUCGCCCGAGGGCCACGCCCUGGCGCUGGACGCCCUGGACCACUACAAGGCCGUGUGCAGCCAGCAGUACCGCUUCAGCAUCCUCCUGGCGGAACUCUCCGGCAGCGACAACCUGCCCUACGUGGCCACCCUGCUCAGCGUGGUCAACGCCAUCAUCCUGGGCCCCGAGGACCUGCGCGCCCGCACCCAGCUGCGCGGCGAGUUCAUAGGGCUGCAGCUGCUGGACGUCCUGACGCGACUCCGGGACCUGGAGGACCCCGACGUGCUGAUCCAGCUGGAGGCCUUCGAGGAGGCCAGGGCGGAGGACGAGGAGGAGCUGCUGCAGGCGGGCGGCGGCGUGGACAUGAGCAGCCACCGGGAGGUCUUCGCAUCGCUGUUCCACAAGGUGAGCCGCUCCCCGGCGUCCGCGCAGCUGCUGUCCAUGCUGCAGGGCCUCCUGCUGCUGGACCCCGGCCCGCGCUCCGGCCAGCUGCUGUGGGAGGCGCUGGAGCGCCUGGUGACCCGGGCCGUGCUCCUGGCCAGCGACGCCCGGGCGUGCACGCUGGACGAGGUGGUGGAGCGGCUGGUGUCCGUCAAGCGGCGGCCGGGCCCGGGCGCCCUGGACAAGGCCCACAAGAGUGUCCAGGCCAACCUGGGCCCGAGCUGGAAGGGCGCCGCGCAGGCCGGGGCGGAGGGCCAGCCGCCCGCAGCCACGCCCCCGGGCCCGCGGGCCGUCAGCGUCCAGAGCAGCGAGCGGCCAGCGGCCCAGGAACAGCCGACACCCACCCCAUCCCCGCCGGCACCCAGCUCCCCCGCCCCGCCCCCUCCGCCCCCACCCCCACCCCCACCCCCACCCCUGCCAGGCUCAGCGGCCUCGUUACCCCCACCUCCCCCCCCACCCCUGCCCCCUCCCCUGCCAGGUCCAACCACCUCAUUCCUCCCACCUCCCCCCCCACCCCCUCCCCCACCCCCACUGCCCGGCCUGAGUGGGCCCCUGCCCCCCCCACCUCCCCCUCUCCCGGGCACGGGCGGCCCGCCCCCGCCCCCGCCCCUGCCGGGCUCCGCGGCGCCCCCUGCCGUGGGCGGCGUGGAGGAGGUCGUCGUGGCCCACGUGGACCAAGGCCUGGGCGCCGCCCGGGUCCCCCGCCACCGGCAGGUCCACCCCCCGACACUGCGCAUGAAGAAGCUCAACUGGCAGAAGCUGCCGUCCCACGUGGCCCAAGAGCACCGCUCCAUGUGGGCCGCGCUGGGCAGCCUGGGCGCCGAGGCCGUGGAGCCCGACUUCCCCAGCAUCGAGCGGCUCUUCUCCUUCCCCACCGCCUCGCCCAGGGCGCCCACCCCCGCCAGGAAGGAGCCCAAGGAGAUCACCUUCCUGGACUCCAAGAAGAGCCUGAACCUCAACAUCUUCCUGAAGCAGUUCAAGUGCCCCAACGAGGAGGUGGCCGCCAUGAUCCGAGCGGGGGACACGGCCAAGUUCGACGUGGAGGUGCUCAAGCAGCUCCUCAAGCUCCUGCCCGAGAAGCACGAGAUCGAAAACCUGCGCUCCUUCACGGAGGACCACGCCAAGCUGGCCAGUGCCGACCAGUUCUACCUCCUGCUGCUGGGCAUCCCCUGCUACCAGCUGCGGGUGGAGUGCAUGCUGCUGUGUGAGGGCACCGCCGUGGUGCUGGACAUGGUGCAGCCCAAGGCUCAGCUGAUGCUCAGCGCCUGCGAGAGCCUGCUCUCCAGCCGCCUGCUGCCCGUCUUCUGCCAGCUGAUCCUGAGGAUCGGGAACUUCCUCAACUAUGGCAGCCACACGGGGAACGCCGACGGCUUCAAAAUCAGCACGCUGCUGAAGCUCACCGAGACCAAGGCCCAGCAGAGCCGCGUGACGCUGCUGCACCACGUGCUGGAGGAGGUGGAGAAGAGCCACCCGGAGCUCCUGCAGCUGCCCCAGGACCUGGAGCAGCCCGCCCGGGCGGCCGGGAUCAACCUGGAGAUCAUCCGCUCCGAGUCCAGCGGCAACCUGAGGCGGCUGCUGGAGCUGGAGCGGAAGCUGGCGGCCACGGAGCCCGAGGUGCAGGAGCAGUACGCACGGCGCCUGCAGGACAGCAUCGAGGCCUCCCGGGCGCUGGAGCGGGUGUUCGAGGCGGUGGAGCAGAAGAAGCUGGCGCUGGCCACGUACCUGUGCGAGGACGCGCAGCAGCUGAGCCUGGAGGACACCUUCGGCACCAUGAAGGCCUUCCGUGACCUCUUCCUGCGCGCCCUGAAGGAGAACAGGGACCGGCAGGAGCAGGCGGCCAAGGCGGAGAGGAGGAAGCGGCAGCUGGCGGAGGAGGAGGCGCGGAGGCCGCGGGGCGAGGACGGGAAGCCUGUCAGGAAGGCGGGCAGGAAGCAGGAGGAGGAGGUGUGUGUCAUCGACGCGCUGCUGGCCGACAUCAGGAAGGGCUUCCAGCUGCGGAAGACGGCGCGCGGCCGCAGCGACGGGGACGGGGGCGGCCGGGCGGCCCCCGCAGGCCCCCCGAGGGACACCCCGCCUGCGGCCCCCAGCGGCCCCCCCGGAGGCCCCAGGGGCGGCCCCAGCAGCUCAGCCUCUGAACCUGCGCUUGACGGCGUGGCGGCAGCCAGGCCGCCCCAGGACUGGGACCUCGCGGACGCCACGGCGCCCCCGGCAGGCUCGGCGGCGGAGGCCGGCCCCGGGGCCCCGGAGAGGCGGUCCUCCUGGUACGAGGAUGCCAGCGACGUCCUGCCCACGGAGGACGCGGCCUGGCCCGUGGUGCUGGGGGGCACGCGGGCCCUGGAGCCCCUCCCCUUCUCCGGCGAGCGGCCCCCCGGGGCCCCGGGCUCGGGCGGGGGCGUCCGCCGGGCCGAAGCCGACAGCACGGGGGAGGGGCCGGCAGACACGGCCGCCCUCGGCCACGGAGGACACGGCCCCCCGGCCACGGCCGCCCUCGGCCACGGAGGGGAUGGCCCCCCAGCCAGGGCCGCCCUCGGCCAUGGAGGACACGGCCCCCCGGCCACGGCCGCCCUCGGCCACGGAGGGGACGGCCCCCCGGCCACGGCGCCCGACGGGGACGGGGACCAGGACGACGCCCCGGACUCCGCGCUGGACACCUCCCUGGACAGGUCCUUCUCCGAGGACUCGGCGGCCGGCUCCUCGGGCUCCGGCACCCUCCCCGGGGCCCCGGGCCGGGCCACGAAGGGGACGGGCAGGCGCAGGAAGAAGCGCCCGACGCGGACUCAGGAAGGCCGCAGGCCCAAGCCCAGAGCCAAGUGA